GUUUGAAGCAAACGGUCAGGGCUAUUCAAACAAAGAUAGCAGAUAUAAACUUGAGUGAGCUUGAGUUUCGAGGCAUUUGGUCAACUGAGUUGGACUCGAGUAAAUUUUCUUGAUCAAAGAAGAUCCAUUCUUCGACUUAUGAAUCAUGGAAACUCGGAUGUUUGUGACGCUUUUGCUGAUCGCUGGACUCUCGUUUGUGCAAAUGGAAGAAUCUUCUAAAACGACUGAAAGCAACCCUUUGCUCAGCCACAGUGUAGCUAAAGAUCUAACCACACGAAGCAUGGUCACAAAGAACAACGAUGACAAUGAAGGCAGCAGUGGUAGUGGAGGAAGCGGUGGUAGUGGUGGCAGCGGUGGCAGUGGUGGUAGUGGAGGCAGCGGUGGUAGUGGUAGUAGUGGUAGCGGAGGCAGCGGUGGUAGUGGAGGCAGUGGUAAUGGUGGUAGUGGAGGCAGCGGUAGUGGAACAUGCCUUUGCAAAGCUGGAAAAGACGGACGAGACGGAAGGAACGGCACCGAUGGAAAACCAGGAGAGAAAGGACAAGUCGGUCCAAAAGGCGAAAAAGGAGAACAAGGAGACAAAGGAGACAAGGGAGAGAGGGGUUCUCCAGGUAUCCGCGGACCUCGAGGAGAGCAAGGUCUAAGAGGUCCUAUUGGUAAGACUGGAAGCUGCACUUGUAGCGUGAAAAAAAAGGAUUUGAAUGACCUUAAGAAUAAGUACUCUUCCAUAAUGAAAGAGAAUAAAUUGCUCAACCAAAAGAUUCAAGAGAUGCAGUUGAAGAUAACAGGGCUAGUGAAUAAAAACGAAACAACUUCUUCAUUCGGCCUGUUCGAGAAAGUCCAAAAUAUCCCAACUAAAGGAGCUAUUUCAGUGGAGGCAUUCCAGAUCGACGGAACGACUUUCGUGGUCAUAGCGAGCAACUAUCACAAUAAUAAUCCACAAGAUAAACCAGUCUCGACAAUCUACAAAAUGACUGCAUCUGGCCUUACAGUCUACCAGAACCUAUUUAAAAUAAACAGAGCAAUAAAAAUCAGGCAUUUUGAUAUGGAUGGUCAACAYUUUCUCGCUAUAGCAAUCGUUCAGAACACUAUCACAGGAAUGUAUUCCACAAACUCUGAGGUCUAUAAAUGGGAUGGCAAGCAGUUCGUUCCUUUUCAGAAAAUUCCCACCGUCGGAGGGAGGGAUAUGAAGUACUUCACAAUUGACGAAUACAAGUUCCUCUGUGUUGCUAACAGUUACAAUGGCAUAACGACGGCAAUCUCUUCGACAAUCUACAAGUGGAACAACUACCAGUUUGUGCUCUAUCAGAGCAUCUUCACAACAGGUGCUACUGCUUGCUCUGCCUUUACCAUUGAUGGCCAGCACUUUAUUUCCUUUGGGCUGACCUCUUCAAACUUUGGUUCAGUUAUAAACAAGCUUCCUGUCCUCAAGUUUUCUGGAAUCAAAACUGGUUUUGUGGCGUUCCAAACUCUGGGUUCAUUGGUAGCUUCUGAUGUGACGUAUUUCCGAAUCCGAAACAACCACUUCCUUAUACUUGCAAACAAAGCCACACAAGGGAAGCACAACGUUCACUCGUUCAUCUACAAGUGGAAUGGCGCGAGUUUCGUUCGCUUUCAAAACAUGGAGACCUUUGGGGCAACAGGGGUCCGUUCAUUUGAGAUCAACGGAGAAACCUACUUAGGCAUCUCCAACUCCUAYAACGACCUAACAAUUAGUAAUGUAGUAGAGUCAGUAGUUUACAAGGCAUUUGGUUCAAUGUUUGCUGUAUAUCAGCGUGUACCAAGUGUUGGGGCAAGUGGAAUGGACUUCUUCAAUUACAAAGGUUCCACGUAUCUAGUUAUUGUCAACUACAGACACGGAAACAAUAUUCACUUGAUGAGCUAUUUGCAUAAGUUUCAGUAAUUCAGGCUUAUUGUCUUUGAACAUGCUGAAAAAAACCCAGCAUAGUUUGACUUGCCGUGUCAAAUAAUUAAACGAAGCCGAGAWAUAUA